AUGUUACAUCAAAAAAAACUUCGAAAACUUAAAAAUUCAUUCAUGAAGUACAGAACUGUUGUUCACUAUUAUCUUAAAGAAAAUAAUUUCACUUAUUCUUGCUCUACCGUUUCUAAGUUGGUAAGCAAAUUGUGGAAACAUGAAUCAGAAAAUGUUAAAAAUAUAUAUAAACGACUGGUAAACGAAGCUAAAAAAAAGAAAACCGAAACACCGAGACCUAUUAAUAGUGACUUAGACUUCAAAGAGACACGCAUCUCUCUUAGUGACUACGCUGCAGAUUUUAAGAGCAUUAAGCAACAGAAGCUCACACCUUUGUAUAUGGAUAUUUAUCCCUUGACCAAUGUUAUUUUUAGUGAAGGUUUACGAAAACCAUAUAACAAUUUAUUAUUUGAUCAUUAUAACCGUAUUCAAAAGCUAGAAAGGGAGCUUUUCGACGCACUUGAAAUAGUAGA